CCAGUGCAGUGGACGCGAAGAAACAAACACUCCAAUCAUCAUUUUUUUUGUUAACAUCAAUCCUUUAACUAAAGCAUUUCAUUGUUAAAAUCUGUGUUCUAUAAAUAUAUAUAAUAUAUAUAUCUCUUCUUCGUCCAUCUCCAUUUGUAGCAUAAGCAUUCAUCAAUCAUGGAAGAACAAAGAUUGGUAGUAAUGGGAAGAGCAGAGAUAGAUACAAGAGCACCAUUUCGAUCUGUUAAAGAAGCUGUUUUGUUGUUUGGAGAAAGAGUUUUAGUUGGGGAAAUCUAUGCCACCAAGCUUAAAGAGAUGCGAGGUGGAGCAAGUGAAAGUGGGGAGUCUCAAUCCAAAAUGGCAGCCAUAACUGCUGAGCUUGAGGAAACAAAACUGAGCCUCCAAAAAGCAAGAGAAGAAGCUGAGUUAAUGGGGACUUACAUAAUAUCUCUUAGAGAAGAACUAGAACAAACCAAGAGAGAGCUAAAUUGGCUAAAAGCAAAAGAAAGAGAAAUGUUUAAGAAACGAGCAAUUCUUGAUGAUCCUGAAAUUGAAGACCUCAAAUUCAUUGAAAAUGCAACUAAAGUGGAGAUGAUGAUGAAGAAGAAGAAUAGCCAAAGUCUUGAUUUUGAUGAUGAUGAAGAAGAAGAAGAAGAAGGAGGAGGAGGUCUUGGAAAGAAAAGAUUUGUGAAAUUUGCAAGCCCUCCUUCAUUGGCUAAGAUCAUCGUUAGCAAAGAGGAAAUGCUUAAGAGAUCUCCUUCAACUAAAAAGACAUUGAAGAUAAAAAGGUCAUUAGUCCCCGUUUUAGGAUGGCUAUUUUCAAAAAAGAAGGGAAUCAAUCAAGAGGUUCAUUCUCCUACAGUGAAUUGAAUGCUUUUCUUCCCUUUACAUCGACAUAUACUCUCUCCCUCCCAUUUUAUUUGCAUGAUUUGACAAAACACGCAUAUUAAAAUUUAGUCAAUAAAAGUUAUUUUGCCCUUCUUUACUCUAAAUAAAUACUAAAAGUCAUUCCUUUAAUGAACAAUUAUAAAGAUUAUUAUAAAAAAAAUAAUUACUUACAUAUCUAAAUUUAGAAAAGUUACAAAAAUUUUGUGACAUAUAAAAAAUAAAUAACAAGCAAACAAAAUGGGACGGACAGAGUAGAAUAAGUAUAUAGUCAUUGGAGAACAAAUAAAGAUGAGCUUGGCCCAAGAAGAGGCAUCUUUUGUGACACUUUAUGUUGGGCCUUGUGAGACUUUUAAGCCCAACGUUUCAUAUUUCCAUGUAAAGCUAAAUGUAUGUUACACUCUUCUUUAGUUGCUCUAAAA